AACUUAUCACCAUGAUUACAAAGGCUAGUCUACUUCUCGGCAUCGCGGUUGCCCUAGCUUCCGCCGCAAUCAAUAUCAACCCAAGCCGUCCGGUACUAUUUGGAACCAAUAGGAUCAUACCGAGAAAUCUUGGAAGCAAUGCCGAGUCCAACAAUACGGCCCUUUGGAAUACGGUGAAUCUACGGCAAGUCUAUACGAACCCUCAGAAUAGGAACUCUUUCCCGAUGCGAUACGUAACGAACAACCGUUACUAUCGAAGAGGAGGACCGAUUUUCCUGUUUGUCGGAGGUCCGUGGACCCUGGAAGCGCACUACGUUGAACAGGGACACUUGGUGGAUAUGGCCGCCGAGAUGAACGGCUUCUUGGUUGCUAAUGAACUGCGGUAUUACGGCGAGAGUAUUCCGGUAGAAGACGUCAGUCGUAACAACUUCCGGUACUUGCACAACGUUCAAAUUUUAUCGGAAUUGGCUACGUUCAUCGCACAUCUCAAGGAAGACGUCGUGAGAGAUCCCAACGCCAAGGUCGUGCUGGUUGGAGUUGGAUAUUCAGCCGCUCUUGCUCAGUGGAUGCGGCAACGUUUCCCUCAUUUGGUACAUUCAGUGUGGUCCUCGAGUGGAAUGGUACGAGCUAGUAGCAACUAUCAGGAGUUUGCUGAAGAUGUUGGAGAAUCGAUUCGUCGCUUUGGUAGUAACGAAUGCUAUAGCACUAUUUUCCGUGGUUUCCGUACCGCCGAGAAUCUCAUAGACGCUGGAUUAUCAACAACCGUGGAUGAGCUAUUCCAUACCUGUAGUCCCAUCGCGGCGUCGAACGCCUUGGACGUGGAAGCCUUCUUCUACGGAAUCUUCAACGAAAUCAGCCAGGAAGUCGUUGACAUCAACCUUCGUCAGAAUAUCCCAGAAAUGUGCGAGUCGUUGACCGCUUCCGAUGAUGAAAACAGUCUACUCGUUUUGGCCAACUGGCUCACUAGUCGCUUCCCGAACGCAGACUGUCUGGCAAUGGAUUUCCAAAGCAUAGUGGAUACGUAUGCACCAAUCGAACUGGACAGCGAGAUUGUCCAGUCUGGUGAGCGUCAGUGGAUGUUCCAACGUUGUACCGAGCUAGGGUGGCCCCUUACGGCUAGAUCACAGUAUCAACCAUUUGGCCGCCGGUUCUCGACAGAUCUUUUCCACGGAAUUUGUGAACAACUUUUCGAUGAUUGGUUGACUCGCGAUCGAUUCGAGGCUCUGAUUCGACAAACCAACGACUAUUACGGUGGUGAUCGUCCCGACAUUCGGUACAGUAUUUAUACACACGGAUCGCUGGAUCCUUGGCGGUUUGCCGGAAAGAGGAACGUCGUAUUCAACAAUAACUAUGUAAACAUCAUUGCGGAUGCUUUCCACGGGCAGGAUAUGGCAUCCAUUACGGACGAAGAUUCGACCGAGUUGAGAAACAGCAAGGUGAUGGUGAGAGAUACUAUUCGUCGCUGGUUGGAUACCAGAUAAAUUAUCGUAAUUGUGGUUGUGGUUGAUACCAAAUACUAACUAGGUUGUCACGCCUUCAAUCAUCUA